GUCGUGGGUAGUUGUAGCUGACUCAUAAAAUAAAAAACAUUAAAGUAGAGACGAAACAGCGGGAUUCAAAAUUAAGAUUUUGCUGUUUAUAAACCGGCCAUGAGCACCGGAACCCCAUAUAUCGGCAGUAAAAUCAGCCUGAUAUCCAAGGCCCAGAUUCGGUAUGAAGGCAUUUUGUACACCAUCGACACCGACAACUCAACGGUGGCUCUAGCCAAAGUUAGAUCUUUUGGAACGGAGGGACGCCCCACUGAAAGGCCGGUUCCUCCUCGAGACGAGAUAUAUGAAUACAUCAUAUUUCGAGGAGGCGACAUCAAAGAUAUAACUGUUUGCGAGCCUCCGAAACAUCACCAUGGUCUUCCUCAAGAUCCUGCAAUUGUUCAGUCAUCCCUUAGCAGUGCAUCAGCAUCCUAUCACCAGCCCCAGGUUUCCUACAACCCAUACCGGGGCAUGUCCUCCUACAGCCAGCUCGCCGCCAGCUCUCUGCUGAAUCAGCAGUAUGCUGCAGCAUUGGGGUUGGGGGCAGGUUUUCACAACCUGGCUGUUCGCAGGGGCCCUAUGGUAGAGCAGGCUGUGCAGACGGCCCCAGCUGAGAACCCUGUGCAGAAGAACCCCCCCCAGCUGCAGCAGCUUGGCGAAGAGCUUCCCGGACUGCCUCAGCGUGUUGUACAGGAGGCUCCACAGAGAAACCCAGUUGGAUCUGAUACCGCUGUAGACAAAAACCAGGUGCAGAGUAAUGGCGAGAAUAGAAGACCGCAGAGAAGACGACGACGACGACGACAAGUGUUUGCUGUCCAAAUGGCUGGUAAGUGUACCCCCCUCUAUGCAGCAAACAGGAGGUCCAGGAACCGGGGGAAAGGACAGAACCUGGUGGGGAGUGCGAAUGCCAAGGCCUCUGGUACCAUCCAGUUUGAGGCGGACUUUGAUUUUGAAAGUGCAAAUGCCCAGUUCAUCAAAGAAGACCUUGAGAGAGAAUUGCAAAUCAAGCUGAAUAUUAAAGAUGGAGAGGAGAAAGGAGACUCUGGGGUUGAGACUCAGAAUAGCGAAGAGACAGGAGAUGAGGACACCCAUGGCCCAAACUGCUACUAUGAUAAAACAAAGUCUUUCUUUGAUAAUAUUUCUUCAGAACUUCAGGCCAGGACUACAUGGGCAGAAGAGAGGAAGCUCAAUGUGGAGACAUUUGGGGUCCCUGGUAGAUUUUUCCGUGGUGGUCGGAGAGGCCGAGGGAUGGUACAGAGGAUUCCCAACCCACAGAGAGUGGGUAGUGGAAGGGUGUAGCUGGAAUGGGUAAGGAUCACUGUCAUUUUGAUAUGUAUUGGACCAUCUGAAUUAUUGCUUUGUAACUUUCUUCCUUUCUUUUACAGGCCAGUGAUGCUCAUCAUGGGUUUAUACUGUGGAAGCAAGUGUAACAGAGUAAGGGUUUCUACUGUGACACUUUGUUGCCAGAUAAUCCUUGUUAAAAGUGCUAUGGUUUAAGAGUGAAAAUAUCUCCGUAUGCACCUUUUGUUUUUGACAAAUGAAGAUAUAUUUUUUUUUUUUUUUUUUUACUCUGGUAUGUUUAUUGGAAGCAUAGGACUACCUUGUGAUUUGAUGGGAGGUCAAUUUUUAGUUUUAAUUUUUUAAAAAUGCUCUUUCCCAAUCACAAGAUAAGGCCAAAAUGUUUGUUACCGCUACAUAUUCAGUGCCUAAGGUGACUGGAUUCUUUUGUCUUAUUGAAAACUUGAGGACUAAUCUUAUUUCUGCUCCACCCAGUGGAGUUGGCUGUUAUCAACCACCCCACCCUCCCAUAUGCAUGUGGUACAAAAUAUGUUAAAUACUUCUGAGUUGCACAAUACUCGGUCUAUGUAAAUGAACUUUUUUUUUAUUUGUGUAAUACCUUGUAUUUUGCUUGGUUGUAAAAUAAACUACCUUGCUUUCUAUAAAAAUUGAAUUAAGGCACCAAAGCAAUGGAAAUUGUUGGAUGACAAAAACAGUCCAGUUAGUUUCGUUACCUUAAUGGGUGGAUCACAAUUCAAGCAAGUUUACAGUUGUGCUUGAAUCAAAAGUUGUUGUGUUUUUAUUUUAUUUAUGUACAAAUUUAUGGAGGCUCCAAGUAAGUGACCACUCGAACAGACAUGAAGAAAUCUUUGAUUCUGGAUUUUUUUUUUUUCUGUCCCAUUGUGAAUAAACCUAUUGAAAUGUAGUCUGUUUUGAGUUUUUUUUUUUUUUUAAAUGAGUCUGGAAGUGUG